UCAUACCGCUACCAUUGGGCGCCCUCCAGGAUCGAUCCAGGCUGGUGGCGGCAUGAAACCACGAUACCAUUUAGCGAACGACCUUUCGUAAGACCCGUGUGCCCCCCCCCGGUGGAGGUUUUUCAUGGUCUCCCCAAGAUAUCGUCUGCGAAAUUUUCCCUCGAAACGCACCAGCCUCCGCUGGGGAGACAGCUGCACCACAGGACUACACCGCCAUCUUCUCAGCGCCCAGUAGAUCAAGUAUAGGCAAUGGCGGUGAACAUCGCCGGUGUGCUGUCCGUGGUGGUCUUCUACAUCAUCAUCCUGGUGGUGGGAAUAUGGGCCGGACGAAAGAGCAAGAAGACGGGCAGCGAACCCGGCGAUGCCGACGAAGUGAUGCUCGCCGGAAGGAAUAUCGGCGUCUUCGUCGGAAUCUUCACGAUGACAGCUACGUGGGUCGGAGGAGGAUAUAUUAAUGGAACAGCAGAAGCAAUCUACAGCAAUGGCAUCAUCUGGUGCCAGGCCCCCGUGGGAUACGCUCUUAGCUUGGUCCUCGGCGGUUACUUUUUCGCCAACAAGAUGCGCGCCGAGGGCUACGUCACCAUGCUAGACCCCUUUCAGGACCUCUUUGGAGGUCGUAUGGGCGGACUGCUCUUCAUCCCGGCUCUCUGUGGGGAGGUCUUCUGGUCGGCCGCUAUCUUGGCCGCACUUGGUGCCACUGUGGGUGUCAUUAUUGACAUCGACACCAACACAUCCAUCAUUGCUUCGGCGUGUAUCGCCCUAUUCUACACAUUCUUUGGAGGCCUCUACUCCGUCGCAUACACGGACGUUAUACAGCUUUUCCUCAUCUUCGUUGGGCUGUGGUUGUGCAUACCAUUCUGCAUGAUGAACGAAUCAGUGGGCGCUCUGUCGUAUCCCGACAACGACUGGGUGGGCAGCUUGGAACCCAGGUUCGUGGGCCAAUACAUAGACUUCGGACUUCUACUUAUGCUGGGAGGGAUCCCAUGGCAGGUGUACUUCCAACGGGUCCUCUCGUGCAAGACUGCCUUCAAAGCACAGUUGCUCUCCUAUGUCGCAGCUGUCGGCUGUAUCAUCAUGGCCAUCCCAGCUAUGAUCAUGGGUGCUGUCGCCAAAGCUACAAGAUGGAAUGAAACGGAAUUCACGGGUCCCCUUCCACUGGAUAAGGAGCACACUUCACUCGUGCUACCGAUGGUGCUGCAGUUCCUCACUCCCGGUUUCGUGUCCUUCGUGGGACUGGGUGCGGUCUCGGCUGCCGUCAUGUCGUCCUCGGACUCUUCCAUACUCAGUGCAGCAUCUAUGUUUGCUCGGAAUGUCUACAAACUUAUCUUUCGGGAAAAUGCCUCAGAAAAAGAAGUCAUCUGGGUAAUGCGAGUGGCCAUCCUGUUCGUGGGGGCUAUGGCAACGGCCAUGGCUUUGACCGUGAAAUCUAUCUACGGGCUGUGGUACCUGUCCUCGGACCUGGUGUACGUGAUCCUCUUCCCGCAGCUCGUCUGCGUCGUCUAUUUCAAGCGCUAUUGCAAUACGUACGGGUCACUGGGAGCCUACAUCAUAGGCUUCCUUCUUCGAGGACUCGGCGGCGAAGACAUCAUCGGCCUCCCUGCUGUCAUCAAGUACCCUUUCUACGACGAGGUGGACGGGCAGCUCUUUCCCUUUCGCACUCUGGCGAUGGUGACGAGCAUGAUAAGCCUCCUGGCCGUCUCGACGCUCUUCAGAACUCUCUUCGAGUCAGGGAAGAUUCCCGCCCGCUUCGACGUGUUCCACUGCAUCGUCAACAUCCCCGAAGACAUCAUCAAGGUCCAGGAGCCUCACGAAGGGGAGAUGACGGUUCUCAACGCCUCAGUCUCCAAGUCUUACCAGACGGAGAUGAACGGUCGGGUGAAUCCCGCCCUCAACUUACAACCCGAGGAGGACAUGCAGGGUAUGCAGCCCACUGCGGAUUCUACCACAUUGUAAGGCAAUCCUAAGCGAAGCGUCUUUGACCCAUUCUCGCUUGCGCUCAAUCCGUCAGAAUUUGGACCGGGUGUGGUAACAGUUGUACUUAUUCGUGUGUGUGUGUCUUUUUUUUUCUUUUCUGGUUCGUCAUUCCAACGACUUCGCGUUGAAUUGCCGAAAAAGUUGCUUCUUGACUCAUAAGCAGAACUCGGUCUUUUGGUGGUGUGAACGCACCUGCAAGGGCAGUGGCGUAUCUAGGGUGUGGCAGGUGUGGACAGGUGCCAUGGGCGCCAGGUGAACAGGGGCGCCAUUAUGUGGUCGGGUGUGAAUGUGCCAGGUCGGGCACUCAACCUGGCACAUUCAUAAAUGAUCUAAAGCACCCGCUAUUAGAGAGGUUGUAGUGUGAAACCUAGUGCGGACCACACGAAAACGCAUCCCCAAGGACAUCGUGUUAACCAUGUUGCCAUGGGCGCAGGCAGCUCUAGGUACGCCACUGUGCAAGGGACACAAGUAUGUCUCUUGAAUCCAGUUAUUCUUUCUUGAGGACCACGGCAAAAGGCUUAGAGCCUUCAGGCUGUCCUGUCACGACGCUGCGAUGUUUUUUUUAAACCGGAUCAUCUAUCUCUUUGUUAGACCAAAUUUUCAAAAAGAAAAGAGUCUAUGGUACUGUUCUAUGGUAUAGAGUCUAUGGUACUACGUCUAUGCAGCUCAUCAGGGUUAACAGCACACCACAAAUAACUUGGGCUGAACCAACCAGGGUAGAUGCAGAGAACUGUGUCCGGUUGCGCACGGACGAGAAUGGGUUGAAGCGCUUUGUGUGCGGGAAGAAGACUUCCGCGAGACAAUCAACCUCAACAGUGCCACAGGCGUCUUAUUUUUUGGCAGAAGACUCGUUGUUGCGUCGCGUUUUAUGGUAUCGCUGUUGUGUGUUCACUACUGUAACGCUGUCAGAGGCAUUUUAAAGGGGCAUCAUACCCUGCAGUUAUAUACGCCACGCUGUGCUCAGUCGCUAUCAUGUAACGGUUUACAGCCAGGCUGCAAGAAGCAUUUCAGUACGGUUCACGUCCACGGAGUGCAGAAUUUCUGUUGGACGUACUACGAGACCCAUAGAAAUCUUAUUUCUAAGACAUCGUCCAAAGGCGCAAGAACGGGGGUAACGGCAAUCUGAUAAUAGACCUCUACCCGAGAAACGUGAUCACGAUGUUGGUAGACAGACUGAAACCGAAUCAAAUCGGAAGGGGAGGGCUGGGUUUCACGAAUGCGGGCACUUGUUCGCUGCCUCCUAUUGAAAGAAAAGUAGGACCGAAGGUCGCGUCCCUUUCAUGGAUCAUUGUAAUCCCCUCAAGACCGCGGAUUUCGGGCGCGACCUUGUUCGCCCACUAUAGCUUUGAGCGUAGUUCAAGUCUACCAAAUUGGUGGCGCUGUCGAACACUAUGACGUCAUUUGCUUACAGACACGGAGGAGGUCUAUUCGUUGCUUUACUUCGCGAGACAACACGAUGGUAAUGCAGUGGUGCCCUUUUAGAAUGUCUCACUGUUACGAUGCAAUGGAAUCAGCAUUGCUACUGCGAACAUGUAGAAACAUCGCCCUGCGUCAUUCGCAGUGGCUGGCGCAUAGCUGAGCCGCACAAAUCGGUACACGUUCUCAACACCAUCAUGACUAACCUCGAAGUCCGACGACUAACCAGACUCCUCGACUAAGAGCUACAAUAGCCUCUAUGCAACUAAACUCGAGGCUUCCAUGCUUUAAAUAGGUGGCAUAGUCGCGAAGCGAGCAAAAUAUGCUUGAAAUGAAAGGCAUAGAGCUUACUGUUUGAAGCCACCAUAGCAGAAGGCAUCCACUCCUAUAGGGGAUGAACUGCCACUAGGACCAGCACAUAGGUUUCGGUUUUCAUUCGCUGUCACGCUCCUAGAGGUUGUACGGAAGUGGUAGGUGUUUUCAAAUCAUUGUCCUGCAAGGUUUUUGUUGCGUAGAUUUGUAAGAGCAUUUUUCGGGCCAAUGUUGCUUGAUUAGACCAGUGUUUCCCAAACUUUUGGCGGUGACGGACCCCCGGAAGCGAUGAGAACCAAUUCACGGAACCCCGACCCCCUCCACACACACACACCGUCACAGCCAGUGCAUAACCAGCAACCUCGUCAGCUGCUGCGUGCUUUCCAUACAGCUUCAGAAAUGAUUCCGGACUGGUUUCUUCUUCUUGUUUGUACGUGUAUGACGCGGACAAACGUGCAUUGCAGGACUUUUCAAUCAGAAAGUAGAAGCAAGCUGUUGAAGCAUGCUUGUAGCAAUUUUGGAAGUUCUGGGUGUUUGGAAACCGGGCAGCAUGUACGAGCGCGUGUUUGUGGGGACGAAAAUCCUCACUGAAAUGUGAGAGGCGGUCGCGGACCCCCACGGACACUCUCGCGGACCCCCAGGGGUCCGCGGACCACACUUUGGGAAACACUGGAUUAGACUAUGUAUUGCUACCUGGAGGAUGGGACUAGACGCUAUGAUUUUAUCGUUGUCCGAACACUAGGAACGUUGUAACUUAUACAUAUCUGCAUACAUAUUGUACGAGCGCAAAUAGGAGAAGUCGGAUUUUGGGAAUACGAACCCAACGGUGACCGGAAUAAGAGGCAGAACACUCCGGAGAUGCGCCAGCCAUUGCGGCUGACAGAGCCAUGGGCGGCCAAUAGACUACUCAUAAGGUAUCAGUCUAUGGUAAAAGAAAAAAACCAGACGAAUUGUGCAGCUUGUAUAGGACAGCGUUCGUCGUGCACAUUUCCAGUGUUCGUAGAGUGUGCGACGCCAUGUUAGAUGUGUCUCUUCAUAUUCUAGUCAGUAUUUACGACCGUGUGACAAUCAAUAAUCGCGAUAAGUGGCGAUAACUCGUAGGUUUUUCUCAUUGUGGAUGCACAAGAGGACGCGUCUCAUAGGUAUUUACAGAAAUAUUAGCGAAUGACAAUCAUGCAUUUUUUCCGCCAGGAAAAACCCGUUAUUUUUUAACAGUGUUGUGAAGUUGUUGAUAUUUAUUCGUGUUGUACAAUGGUCAUAUCACCGUUUGCGGAUGAACGAAGGCAAGUGCAAUUACCUGCAUUUCUUCCCCCAACUCACGCGACAAUCGAUUAGAGAGCGACCACGUAGAUUCGGACAAAACUUCGGGACGGUUGCACGUUGGAAACGUUGUUAUAACCCUUGUAACACGGGGAGUCUUCAAUGGCAAUUGAAACCAACGGUCAUUGCAUUGAACAUGCGCGUGGCGCCACCUACCGCAAGACGUGUCCAUCUGUCAAGGUCCAUUGGAUUCAAUGGUGCUUGAGAAGGUGACACCUUACACGCUCGGUGGCGCUACGCGCGGGUUCAAUGCAGAGCCGCUUAUGGGAAGAGUAUGGACAUUCUUUGAUCUUUUACUGCCCGGAAAUGGGGUCAUCGCCCCGCCCACUUGGACGGAAUGAAAUGCUGUUUCAAUGGCCAUUGUUUUCAAUAAUCAUUGAAGAUUGCCUGUGUAGCAGGGGUAUUACAUUUCUCUAAAAUCGUAGUUGUUUGGAUCGUUCCUGGAGCCCCUAUGGGCACUGAAGGGCCGGGGUCGCGGUGCUCACCAACAACCUACCAAUAAAUAAAUACAGGCGAAUACUACGCUUCUUGACAAGGACGCAGACCUCUGCAAUAACGUUUAAUGUACAGUUCAGGAGUCACUGAGACAUGGACAGAACACGGAAGGACACGGUCUAAGGACGCCGCGUUCUGUCGGUGUCUCGGUGACUCCUGGCCUGGAGACAAGACGCGCUUGUACCACUAAGCCCAAACCCCGUGCGAUAGAGACGGUUCUGCCACACUUUUGUUAGGUGCUGGUAGUCAAGUUGGAACGCUUUAGUGUUAAUGAGCCUCUCUAGCUCACCUGCACUUGUCUGUGGCAGUUUGGAGAUAUACGAGGCAGCAGAUCGAGAAGGUAGCAAGUCCCUGGCUGUCGCGAGAAUAGUGGGCAAACCGAUGGCUGUUGGUCGGAAGUCAGCUAUGCGGUGAAGUUAUGUGAAGUUUUUAGAGUUAAAGUGACUGUCGCGUCCAGAAACCCAUCUAUGAAACGGAUACCAGCAUGUUUGGCACCGGCUUGGCACUAACCACAUAGGUGAUAAUAUUAAUGAGAUAAUAUAAUAAUAGCUUUUUAGAUAAUAAUAUUGAGAGAAUAUUCAUGAGAUAAUUAAAAUAAGAUUUUUUUUUUCGUCCGAGAAAUGCUUAGAUGUUAAGUAAACUAAUUUUAAACGUCAGCGCUGCUUCCGCACCUGCGGAGGCUCCUGCGACAACGAGAUCAGCGUGACGUCACUUCCUAAGAGGAGGAGGAGAGAGGGAGGCGCUCCUGUCAUGUAUUCCAUCAAAUCAACUGGAACGUCCCUUUAAGGCUGUAAUGAUAGUGUAAAAAGCGGGGUGACGAUGGGGUAGGGGUGACGUAAGCGAUCACGUUGGUGCACGAUGUUCAUCGCACUUUCAGGGACACCAGUUCACCUUGAUCACAACGCGGCCUUCUGUACAUUGAGAAACCAUCACAAAAUGUCCAUGUCCGGCUUUCGUGUCCCGAUAAUGUCCCAAUCUGACGUUGAAAUCCAUUACGUUCGUAGAGUGCAGCGUUAGCAACACGGCGUGGAUGACCAGCCAUGACUGAAACGUAGACAUUGUGUCGAUCGAGCCCGCAGUAUAGUCGACUUGAUUUCCUUCGUGCAACCGGUCCGAAGAUCCUAAAGUAACUGCUCAACGAGACAAAUGACAAUCAUUUUAAGAACAAAGCAAGUUCUCCCCCCUCUGAUGAGUUGUGGUACCCGACAAUCCCCGGAGCAUCGCAUACUAUAUGUUUCGGGACCUGGAGCAAUAUAUACUUAUACACGUGUAUUACUGCACUUUCCGCGAGUUGUCCACGAAGAGGUUGUUAUCCUGUUUGGCUGUUGCGCGGAUAACUUAUAGAUGUUCAACAAUAAAUGAAAUUGAUCAAG